ACGAUCGAAUAUAAGUAUCGCAGCUAGUCGUGGCCAUCGGCUCUACGGCCUCUUGACACCGUCCUUGCUCCGCUCGAGGCACGAGCAGCAUUAAUUGAGUCCCAGUUCCUUCCGUUGCACCGCGGCGGCCUGGUCCCGCACACCGCCAGAAGGAAAAGCACGUGUAUCGAUCGCGGUACCACCAGCUAUACCAGUGCCCCUGCCCCUCAUCGCCCGGAUCCCCGACGACCUGCGCCCUGGAGAAGUGCAAGCCGAAAGACAAGUGCGGGUAGCGCACCAGCGUUUCGCCGACCAACCUUCGAGGAGGAAGUCAGUCUCACGUCAGUACUCUAGCCGCUUCUCUCACGUAUCGACACGCUCGAUUUCUCUUCGGUACUUACAUGUGAUUUCUAUUUACACGAGAGCUCCGAGGGUCUCCGGUGUCUGGUGGUCCGUUUGGGUUGAUCCUACCCUCGCUGGUCCGACGGGAAUACAGGGGUGUGAGAGGGAAUAAAUAACUACAUUAAUACUAUAAAUAUGGCCGACAGAAUAUACUAUCCGAAUUCGGCGAUUGCCGCGAAUUCGCACUGCAGCAGCUUCAAACAGUAUCAAGAAUUGUACAAACAAUCGAUUGAAAGUCCCGAAAAAUUUUGGGGCCAGGUGGCCAAACAAUUUCACUGGGAGACACCGGUAAAAGAGGGAAAAUUUUGCUCGUAUAAUUUCGAUGUAAGUAAAGGAGACGUAUUCAUCGAGUGGAUGGAAGGUGCCUCCACCAACAUCAGUUUCAACCUUCUAGACAGAAACGUUAAGAAUGGAAAUGGCGACAAAGUAGCCUUUUAUUGGGAAGGUAAUCAUCCGGAUGACUACUCUCGGCUUACAUACAGAAAACUGCUUGAAGAGGUUUGCAGAUUUGCCAAUGUCUUGAAAUCGAAAGGUGUAGCCAAAGGCGAUUGCGUGGCAAUUUAUAUGCCAAUGAUUCUCGAAUUGCCCAUUGCCAUGCUUGCGUGCACGAGAAUAGGUGCCACUCACAACAUUGUGUUUGCAGGAUACUCGUCGGAUUCACUGGCAGAGCGCAUGCUUGAAUCAAAAUCAAAAAUCCUUAUAACUGCGGACGGCGUAUGGCGUGGUGAAAAACUGCUGAACCUAAAACGUAUAUGCGACGAUGCUUUGGAAAAGGCGAAAAAUAGCGGACACUUGGUAGAAAGCUGUAUAGUAGUUUCACAUCUUCAAAGGCUCAGCAACACUAUGAAUAAAUCAGAAUCCAGUGAAGGUGUCGGCGUAAAUGGUACAAAUGGAUCUACGAAUGGUACGCGAAAAAAUAACCCGAGAUCCAACGAUUUUGAGAUUGCCUGGAUAGAGGAUCGAGAUUUUUGGUGGCAUGAAGAGAUGGAAGACGUUGACUCUCGCUGUUACCCAGUAUGGAUGGCUGCUGAAGAUCCUCUAUUUAUUUUAUACACUAGUGGCUCGACGGGGAAACCGAAAGGAGUUCUCCACACUACAGCCGGAUAUCUCAUUUAUGCCGCUACGUCGUUCAAAUAUGUUUUCGAUUAUCAUCCGGGCGAUGUUUAUUGGUGUACAGCUGACAUUGGAUGGAUCACAGGUCAUACUUACGUUGUCUACGGUCCAUUAGCGAACGGUGCCACCUCUGUAUUGUUUGAAGGGACACCGUUUUAUCCGGAGAAUGACAGAUACUGGUCCAUAGUUGAUAAAUAUAAGGUUACGCAAUUCUACACAGCACCGACCGUUCUGAGGUCACUGAUGAAGUUUGGAGAUGACUUGCUAAAGAAACAUGAUCUUACAACAUUAAAGGUCCUCGGAUCGGUUGGAGAGCCCAUCAACUCUGAAGCAUGGCUGUGGUAUUAUAACGUCGUCGGUGGCGGCAAAUGCAGUAUCGCCGACACAUUCUUCCAGACCGAAACUGGCGGUCACGUAAUCACGCCGCUCCCGGGGGCGACGCCUAUGAAACCCGGAUCCGCGGCGCUUCCAUUUUUUGGCGUUUCACCGGAACUUCUCGAUGAAGAUGGUACCGUGAUCAAUGGCGAAGGUGAAGGUUUUUUAGUCUUCGGCAAGCCGUGGCCGGGUAUGACGAGGACAUUGUUUGGAAAUCACGAAAGAUUCCAGUCAACUUAUUUCUCAAAAUUUCACGGCUAUUACUGCACAGGAGACGGUGCGAAACGAGACGCCGAUGGUUAUUUGUGGGUGACAGGCCGCGUAGAUGACAUGCUGAAUGUGUCCGGGCAUUUGAUGUCCACUGCCGAAGUUGAGAGUGUCUUGAGCGAGCACGAAGCCGUUGCGGAAGCAGCUGUGGUAAGCAGGCCACAUCCGGUCAAGGGCCAAUGUCUUUACUGCUUCAUUACGCCGAACCAGGACGCGCCGUUUGACCGAAAGCUGCAGGACGAAUUGAAGAUAAAAGUACGAGAAAGGAUAGGGCCCUUCGCUCAACCGGAUGUUGUUCAGCAUGCCCCUAGCCUGCCGAAAACGCGUACGGGGAAAAUUAUGCGGCGUAUAUUACGAAAAAUAGCUGUCGGCGACAGAAACGUUGGGGACACAUCAACUCUGGCCGACGAAGCUGUGGUGGAUCUGCUUUUCCAGCUACGACCACAGAUUUAGAAAUCGAAUCUACAGCAUAGAUGGAACACUUGCGUUCGUUCACAUCCGGUAUAUUAAGAAUAGUGAAAUCAAAAAAGUGUACGAAACUUGGUUGCGUUUCGCUAUCGUCCAUUACUACAAACUCAACACCUUGAUUGGCUAUAACAUUUUCGCGGCAGUGAUCAAAAUGCAGCUGAGUCUCGGAACAGUCAUGCCGACCAAAAAUGAGUAUCAGUGUAUAUAACAUAUACACCUCUCUAUUAGUAUUACAUCAUUUUAUUUAUACAGGUCUAUUUUCCAUAUUAUACGUACAGUAGUACUAUGUGUAUACCUGCAGCAGUCGCACGCCAUCAUAUACAUUGUAUGUGUGAUUUUUUUUUGUGCGACAGUCAUACGGUUAGUGUGCGAUUAUAAUUAUGAUGCAUUGUGAAGCUUCGUACGACAUACAAAUUAUUACAGAUGCAUAACGGAUAAUUCUUGUAUCUUACUGUGGUACCACACAAGCAUAAACAUGGCAUGUACACGGACGCACAUUAUACUAAAAAGUACGUGGCUAUGCAUCUCAAUGUAGCUAGCAGUUGAAAAUAACUCAUUGUCGGUUAAUUUGUACAUUUUUUUUUGGUUGUCUUCACUCUCAUCAUAGUGAUUUACACGAAGUAUGAAUAUUACUUUUAUAAUCUACUUACAUUUGACAAGCCAUAUUGAAUAUACACAGAAAUCUGACCGUUCAUUUUACAAAACGCUAACUACGGCCGGGUCAAAUUAUAUUUUGCUAUCACACAUUCGAUUGUUUUACAAUCAAACGACUCGGUGUAAAAGUCUGAUUUCCAAGCCAUAAUCAGUAGGAUGAUUUACGACUAAUCAUUCCAACGAAGGAUAUUUAUAAUGUAUAUUGAACCGAUCGUAUAACUUCACUAUACUUUCCUGAAGGAUAAUAAUUAAGUGCAGUAAAAAUGAUUUAUUCAUACUACAUCUUACAAGAAUGUGCGCACUAAGGUUUCAACGCAACAGCAGUAUUUAAACUAAGAAAAAAGACACAUACCGUACCGUAUAUCAUAUGUACCUCCAUCCACGUCACCGACUGGGCUGCGUUAAGAAUGAACAUCGAGGUGUAUUUUUUUCUCAAUGCACACUAGUCAA